UAUAAAAUGCAUUCGUUGCUACCUCAUAUAUACCGCUGCUACCUCCGAUUUCGGAGGUCGUAAGGUAUCCAAUAAAAUAAAAAAGGAUGGUACUAUAUCGGACAAUAGCUCUCACCGUCUAUGUUUUCUAGUGGAGGUCAGAACGAUCGGCGCUUAUCAAAACAUAUAAGCAAUUAGUUCAGAGGUUUGCCGCGAUAGGACCGGUCCUUCUACGUGGUUUUGUACACCGCAUGUUAAGACCUCCACUAUAUUUUUACAUUUAUUGUACGUAAAAGCACCAUUCUAUUGCCUCCUAUGUUUGGCAACAGUGUAAUUAAGUACUUUUCUCAGUCUCGUUGCGUUUAGUUCGGUGUUCUCGUCGAACAGUGGAUAUUUUAUUUAAUACAUGUGAUAGGCGCUGAAAUGUAUAGAAGGUGUUUUCCACAAUCAUACGUAAGUAUCUCUUUAUUUAAUAUUAUAAUGGAAUAAUAAUUUUUUGAUAAUUAGAAAAUAGUCAAAUAUACACUUUGCACCAUUUACAAUUUCAUCCUUUUAUUUUGCACCGUCCUGAAAAAUUCGGAAAAAUGUGUAAAUUUCUCAAAAUUAAGAAAAACUGUUUAGACAAUAUUGUAGAUGUUAUUUUAUAUCAUAAUAACUUUAUCCAAUUCCUGAUUAAAUUUCAGUAUAAAUGUUGUACGGUUUCUCAAAAAAGAUCUCAACAGUGGUUCUGCAAUAGAGGUUUUGAGUUCACUGAAAUGGAUUUUCCGAUAACCAGUGACGGACAAGCAGAGUUCCAUCAAGUAAAGCCACUGGGAAACCCACAGAUAGAGGCAGAUGUAGGGGUAGAUCCGUCGGACGCUUCGUUAAGUUCAUACGAUGAUUUUAACGAUAAGGACUUUCAAAUUGACAGCGACGAAUUAACUUCAAGCGAGAGUGAAAGCGAUGAUGAAAAUGAAAAAGAUAUCGAUCAAAACAACGAAAGAAUAUUAAGAACGAACAGUUGUGACCAAGUUAAACUUGAAAUAGAACAAAAACCUCAAAUCAAUAUUUUGCAAAACGUUCAAAUCAGAGAGCCAGAAGAACCGCGAGGGAUUUCUUCUAAAGCUGGUUAUAUGAGAGAAGCAAAACUCUUGAAAACCCGUUUAGUAAGAUGUGUUUUUUGCGCAGAGGACAGUGUUUCUAAAAACUUUAUGCGUCAUUUGAUGAGACGACACGCUGGCGAAAAAGAGGUGAAGGCAAUUUUGUUGGAGCCUCUAAAGAGUAAAGCUAGGAAAAAGGCAGUAGAAGCAUUAAGAAAAGAAACUCAGUUCGAACAAUAUCUUGAUGGCGAUGGUAUUCCCGCACGCAGAAACUUUAACAAAAAUAUUGACACCGAAAACCAAAAAUCUCUUUAUUAUCCAUGCAUACAUUGCAAAGGUUUGUACAAAAAAUCUUACUUAAGUAGACAUUUAAAACUAUGUACCUCUAAAACAUGCAAAUCGGGUGCAUCGGGAGCCGUCUCAAAAUCACAAACAUUAACUGCAUGUAGUCUGGAUCCAACAAAUGUUGUAUCCCGUUUAGAAGUUAAGGAAAAGGUAUUUGACAUGAUGAGGGGUGAUGAUAUUGCGUUUGUUGCAAAAAAAGAUUUGUUAAUAACAUACUUCGGAAAUUCGUAUUUGAGAAAACACCGAAAGGAAAAAAGCAGCUAUACGUGCAGCAAUAAGAUGAGGGAGUUCGGGAGGUUAUUAAUAGAAUGCCGCAAACUUAUGAAUGAUCCAAAAAUCGAUAUGCAGCACUUACUCCGUCCCGUCCAUUUUGACACUAUUGUAACAGCAGCAAGAAAAUUAUCAGGCUUCGAUCCCCUAAAAAAGGGCUUCGCUGCUCCUAGCUUAGCAAUGCACUUUGGAGGCAACUUGAAGUUGCUUUGUGAUGAACUGUAUUAUUUAAUUAUGAAAGAUACUACAGGAUUCAGAUCGAAGACGAACAGUGACAAAGCAGUCACUUUGAAGGCAGUUAAGAAUAUGAAGCAGCUAAUAGUUUCCAGAUGGAAUACUGAAAUGGCUUCUUUGGCAAAUAAGGAUUUACACGAAAAAUGUUGGAACAAGCCUUUGUUGAUUCCCUUGGUGUCGGAUAUCAAGCUUUUUAGGGAAAAAGCUUUCGAAAUAGCUAGAAACGCUGUUGUAGCCUUCGUAAAGGAAAUAGAUACAGAAAGUGACUAUAAAACGCUUGUCGAAUGCGUUCUAUCAUUACUCAUAAUUUUCAAUAGAAGAAGAAUAGGUGAUGUGCAGUACAUGAAAAUAUCAGAUUACAAAAAUGAGAAAAAAAGCAAAUUCAAUGAUUUUGAAGACGCACUUUCAGCAACAGAGAAAAUUUUGGCAACACAGUACCGAAGGGUCCUUAAUAGCGGUAAAGGAUCUCGGGCAGUCGUAGUUCUGAUACCUCAAGACCUCGAUGAAUUCAUACAAGUGCUUUUAAGACACAGACAUAAAUAUAUUUGUGAAGAUAACGACUACCUCUUUUCAAUACCAGGACAUAAAGUCAUAUGGGGCAAAGGAGACCUAGCAAUUCGAAACCUAACUAGAAAAAUUCCAUUAGAGAACCCUGUAGCUAUAACAAGUAAUCGUUUGAGAAAACAAAUUGCCACCGUCAUGCAAAUAUUAAGCCUGUCCAAAGAUGAUAUUAAACAGUUUUUUAACUUGAUGGGUCACACAGUUAAAACCCAUGAAGAAUUUUAUGAGCUUCCAGUUGAUGUCUAUCAGACAGCAAAGGUGUCAAAGCUUUUGUUGAUGAUUGAAAAUGGAGUGCCAAUAGACCAUAGAGGAAAAUCCUUAUCAGAGAUUGAGAUCGAUUGUAAAUAUGCCGAAGAAAACGAUAUGAAAUCUUUAGCAAAUCACCACGACGAUGGACUUGUAACUGAGGAAAUUGAGGAGAAUAACGAAAAAGAAGAUAGCGACCAAGAAACGGAAGAUGGAAAGGAGGUACCAGAAAUGAAUGAAAAGAAGAGGAAACGAAUGACAUUUAUACGGGGAAAGGAACAGCCGAAAUACAGAGAAAAAUACACUGACUCAAACAUAGAUGACAGAUCCAAGACCAAAAUAGAGGAAAUGAAGAAUAUUGGACAGGAAAAGGCUGAAGAAUAUUUUGAAGGCAGGAAAAAGAGAAAGAGUGAAAAAUGGUCUCCAAAUGAAGUCUCCCUGUUAAAGAAAACCUUUCAAAAAUACUUGAUUAAGGGCUCAUACCCUUCAACGGAAGAAAUAAGAAAAUUUUUAAACAAGAAUUGCAUUGAUAGGAAGCCAGUGGUGGUAAAAGCAAAGCUUCAGCAUUUGAGAAAGCUUCAACAGUCGCAGAAGUAGUCAUGGUUGCAAUAAAAUAAUGUUCAAUAGAGAUUCGUGUUCAUUUAUAAAAAAAGUUGUAAGUUCGUUUUAAAGUUGCUAUAGAGUAAUGAUUCACCCGAUGUCUAGUUUUUUUACGUUAUUAUACUUUUAACCUUAACUGUUGUUUAUUUAUUAAAAUUAAAACCAUCAAACAAUGGCAUUCUCCUUAAUGAAGAAUAAGCAAUUGUUAAGUAACAUUAGGUAUUUAUCCCAAAUCAAACAUUAAAACUAUUUUAUUUAACAAGUGUAUGAACUGAGUAAAUGGCAACAGCGCGAGAGGUUUCAACGUACGCUCAGUCUAAUAAAUAUAAGGAGGUAAGAGCUACCUGAUUUUAAAAAAUAAAAUAUUUUAGAAAAGUGUUUCCCCUCUAAUG